UUGUGUAUUGUUAAGACUCCAGGAUAAGGGUGCUUUUUUGCUGAAUGAAACGAUAAUAUGAAAUUGGUGUCUGUCCCUUUAAAAAUCCUCAUGCAGGUUGAUUCCCUGACGUCACCUUCUACUAAAGGCUGAGAGGAGAGAAAGGGAGAGAGAGGAGGAGGAGAGAGAGAAUAGCAUCUGCUGAACUGCUAUGGAAGAGCAGAGGGACCGUGAGCACAGCAGCACACACAGGGCACAGAAUGUGGAGAGCCGACAAAGACAGAUGGAUUCUAACUCAUAUGGUGUGGAGCAAUGUGUGUUUGUGGCACCUCCUUCUCCUGAGCCACCCUCUAGACCUACUUCUUUGACCUCUCCUCGACUCAGCCCUGCAGGAUCAGGAAGAUCUCAACCUGAGGGAUCUAGUGGAUCACAAACUCCCCUCCCAGUAAUGCAGUUAUCUAUCCGUCCCAUGUCUCCAGUUGGCUCAUCUGCACCUGAUCGAUCCCAGCCAGAGGGAUCCCAGAGAAUUCAUCCAGUGGGAUCUCCACUCAAUCCUAGGAUGGAAUCUGGCAGAUCACAGCCAGAGGGCUUCUGUUCUGGCCUUCUAUCCCCAACUCAACAGUACCGACCAAUACCACCUCCUCCAUCCUCUCCUCAUCGGUCUCCAGCUCCUAGCCCCAGAGAAUCUCCAGAACGUAGGCGAUCACUCCAUACAUCUACACCUACAAAACCACAGGAGCCACUUCAAAUGCCUGAUCCCUGCCGACUUGCACAAGAGGAGACAGAAAGGUCACCUUUCAACAGGUUAGCGGCAGGUAGUGACCAAGAAAAACCUGGUGAGAAUUUUAGAAUUUAUGUCAUCACAUGGAAUGUUGGCUGUUCCGUGCCUCCUGAUGACCUCACAUCCCUACUCUGCCUCAAUGCUGGAGAUGGCAAAACUGACAUGUUUGUGAUUGGGUUGCAGGAGGUUAAUUCUAUGAUUAAUAAGCGUCUAAAGGAUGCGCUCUUCUCUGACCAGUGGAGUGAGGCCUUCAUGGAUGUCCUAAGUCCUUUUAGCUAUGUGUUGGUCAGCACAGUGAGAAUGCAGGGCUGCCUUUUGCUGGUGUUUGCCAAGUAUUUUCACCUACCUUUUCUGAGAGAUGUCCAGACUGACUGUACAAGGACUGGCUUAGGAGGAUAUUGGGGAAACAAAGGUGGAGUCAGUAUCAGAAUGGCCCUGUUUGGUCACAUGGUUUGUUUUCUGAACUGCCAUUUGCCAGCUCACAUGGAGAAUUCUGAUCAGCGGGUCGAUAAUUUUGAGAGCAUCCUACAGCUUCAACAGUUCCAGGGGCCCUUGGCAAAUGGUGUGCUGGAUCAUGAUCUAGUGUUCUGGUUUGGAGAUCUGAACUUCCGCAUAGAAGAUCUGGAUUUGCAUUUUGUGAAAUCUGCCAUUCAAGGCAAUAAGUUUGCUCUUUUGUGGGAGAAGGACCAGUUGAACAUGGCAAAAUAUUUUGAGCCUGUGUUGAGUGGAUUUAUGGAGGGUCCUCUAACAUUCCCCCCCACAUACAAAUUUGACGUUGGUACAAACACAUAUGAUACUAGCUCCAAGAAGAGGAAGCCAGCCUGGACUGAUCGUAUCUUGUGGAAAAUUAAGUUUCCAAUUUCUCAAAACACCGGGGAAAGUGCAGGGAUAAUCAGCUCCGAGUCAGAAGACCUGUCAGUAACCUUACUCAGCUAUGGUAGUCACAUGCAAUAUACAGAGAGUGACCACAAGCCUGUUUCUGCCAUUUUCUCAAUGCAGUUUUCUACAAGCCACGUGGCCCCUCUUGUUCAUCUGUUGGUACGUGAUGAGUGGCUACAUCCUGAAGAUGCGUGUGCCACCUACAGAUGUUCCCCAAUCUAUAUGAAGAGCUCAUGGGAUUGGAUUGGACUUUACAAGGUUGGAUUUCGACAUCACAAAGAUUAUGUGUCCUAUGUGUGGGCAAAGUCUGAAGAAGAUAUUGAUGGAGAAAGGCACCAACACCAGGUAAUCUUUUGUGAGGAAUCACUGCCCAAGGGUACUGGCGAAUAUCUACUUGGUUAUUACAGCAACAACCUUGGCACAUUGAUUGGGGUUACUGAGCCAUUCCAGAUUGCUUUGCCUGGUUCUGAAGCCAGUACCCCUUCUGAUAGCUCAGACUCCAGCUCAGAAGAGGAUAAUAGCACCCAGGUCCUUCUCCGACCGAAAUCCCGCAGUCCUAGCCCAGCUGCUGCUCGUUCUCCUAGGAGCCGAAGUCCAGCACUUGCCCGCUUGCAUGACCUCAUUCUUCCUGGCUCUUCACGCCAAAAGAGCCGUAGCCCUUCACCCCAUGGAGCCAAAAGCCCCAGACAGGAGAGAUCCCAAAGGCCCCGAUCUAGGGAACUCGCCCGUGACAACAAGGGUACCAAAGAGCACAGUUCACAUCACUCUCAGUACAUCUCUAUUCCCACUCCAAGGCCAGCUGUGGAGGGCCAAGGCUACAAUCCAAAAGAAGCCACUGUCCUGUUACCUAAUUCACCAUCACAAAUGGCCAAACUGCACAUCACUGCUCCAUCACAACACCCAGAGUGAAAUAGCCGUCCAAAGGGAAAGCAGAGGGUGUUGUAGGAGCAUUGCCUCCAGUUAUUGUUUGCACUAGGUUGAAAAUUUGCAAUGGUCUGUGUAUUGUCACAUACAACAUUUCUGCACUGAGCAUUAUAUAGGUAUAUGUGUUUUGUUUUUUUUAUAGUAUAGAUUUAAAUGUGAAUGUGCACAAUCAAUAUUUCACUUUCAGGACUUUCAGAGUUACAAAAAGGUAACAAUUGUUUUCACGUGUUUCAAAGAGUCUUAACAGUUCUUCUUUCAGGCAUAUAACAAAAGAACCUAUAGCAAAAAAUCCAAAUAUUUUCUUUAUUUUGUCUGUUAAAAUGAGUAGCAAUCUCAGCAAAUAUUUUUUUUGGUGUUCCUUGUAUUAGAUCCCAAACAUUGCCAGUAUCUACAAAGCUGAGAUAAAAGUAGCACUAUAUUUAAUUAAAAAAUAAAUUACAUACAAAUAGA